CCCCAAAAAAAAAAAAAAAAAUUGCAACCUGUUUACCUCUAAACUUUUGAAGGACUAUAUUAUGGAGCAAUUGUCACUGAGGCAAAUGUCGGAUCACCAACAAAAAAAAAGGAUUUUUACCACGUGUACUUUUUUUCUCCCCAGGUCGUUCCAAGGAAAUCCCAUCACUACCAUUGAAGCUGGUGCUCUGAAUGGUGUGCCUACGUUGAGGGAUGUGCGACUUCUUUCUUCUGACAGAAUUCGCCUUCAGCCAGAUACAUUUGUUGGCCCUUCUAAGAUUGAGUUAUUAGUUGUUCGAGACGAACGAGUGUGUUGCAUCGUUCCAGAAAGCUUCGGGUGUAUAACACGAGAACUGCCACAUCCGCUCUUCACGUGUCGAAGGACAUUCCUCCAAAAUAUGACCAUCAAAGUGUUCAUCUGGAUCCUUAGCAUCAGUGGUUUGCUUGGUAAUGGGUAUGUCAUCUUCACAAGAUUGCGGGAUAAACCGAAAACACCCACUGGUGCUGUUCAAUCCACCUUGAUCAACAAUCUGGCAGUGUCGGAUUUCUUGAUGGGUAUAUACAUGUUGAUCAUUGCUGUCAUGGAUCUGUACAUUGGUGAAGCGUACUUCUGGGAUGGCAUCGGGAACGAGUGGCGAACAUCCAAUGCUUGUCAAAUCGCUGGGUUUGUCUCGUUUCUCAGCACCGAGGCAUCGGUUUUCUUGUUGACCUUGAUCAGCGUUGAUCGCUUCAUCGUCAUCCAGUUCCCGUUUAGUCAGAAUCGUCUGGGUGUCAAGUCCUCCCGUGUAUUUGCGGCGAUUGCGUGGCUUCUUGCAUUGAUUCUCAGUGUUGGCUCUCUCCUCUUAAACCAGCUGGAAUCUGACGCACACGGCCUGAGUGAUGUCUGCGUGGGACUUCCGCUCAUCCGCAAGUUCUCCUCGGUAUACUCGGAGGUGGACAGCUACACUUUGACUCGCUACGGUGUCACCACCUUCAACUUUCUUGCCUCUGGAACGUCCCCCACCUGGCAGUUCUCCAUUGCCAUCUACCUGGGAGUGAACCUCGUCAGUUUCCUGGUCAUCAUCUGCUGCUACGUCGCCAUUUUCUUCAGCGUUCGCUUGAGCAGGAAGGCGGCAGGAAAGAAGUCGGCCACUGAGAUCAAGAUGGCGCGCAAGCUGUUUUUCAUCGUUGGGACCGACUUCUUUUGCUGGAUGCCUAUCAUUAUCAUGGGGAUCUUCAUCCAAGCUGGUGUCAUCACUCUCUCAUCCAAUAUCUACGCUUGGUUGGUGGUCUUUGUUCUGCCCAUUAAUUCCUCUAUCAAUCCUUUCCUCUAUACCCUCAUCGAAAAAGUAACCAAAUAAGCACUGAAGUCUUAUUUACAGUACAUGAGUGAGAGUGUUUUAUCGAUGUAUUGUUUUCACAUUUUACCGAUCUUUUUUUUCUUAUAAUUUAAUGAACUAGUUCGUAGAUAGAAUCCGCGCACCUGCAAAUAAAGCUUCUGGAUUCGUGGUCAUGAAAGUUAUGUUAUCAUCGAUGUACCGACAGCACGUAUUCUUUUUAAGAGGGCAAACAAAAAUGUAUUCAGAAGCACCUUUGUCACUUUGGCAGUGAUUAUUCUAAAAUGCACAACUAAAGUGGAUCUUCUCCGUGUUUAAAAUAUUUUUGGAUAUUCGAGGCCAUUAUUUUGAACAUGU